AUGUGGUGCGGUACAACGGAGCAGGCGCAAACGCGACAGUUACCAUUGGAUGUUGUAUGGGUUGUACCGGGGGAAAUUCGAAAACAUUUUUCUCAGGAACAACUUCAACAUGAAAGAUUUGGAGUUAGCGCAUAUUUGAAUUGGUCCGCAAGUCAUGGUUUAAAAAAUCCAGUAAGAAUUGUACUUGAAAAUGGUUAUUCAUGCUGCGCACCAGCAAGUUUGCUUGCUGCAUUUUCCGAAGUUUUACGCAAGCUAAUUUUAGCGCAGGCAUCACAGGAACAAUUCUCUUCCGGCAAGGAAAUCACAAUUCACCUGCGUGAAAUUCCGAGUAUUACAAAUGCUGGUCUAUUCAAUGUGAUUUCUUAUAUUCAAAAUGGACAAAUAAAAUUCUUGGAAACUGAAUUGGAGAACGUUCUAACAGCAGCUAACGAUCUUCGAGUGAUUUCAUUGGUAUCAUCAAUUUGUGAAGAAAUGGCCAUACGUAUAUUAGAAAAUACAUCGUCUGCAAUAACAUUACUGUAUAUUGCUGUUGCAUGCUUACCUCCGCAGUCACAACACCGCAAUAUGGUUGUCGAUAGUGCAGCAAGAAAAUUUCCUGAUGUUGUGAUGAAUGCGGAAUUUCUAAAAUUAUCAUUCGAAAUGCUUUAUGCGCUUAUUUCUUCACCGGUAAUACAAGGAGCUGAAUGGGUUAUGGAAAUUUACAAAGCAGUCUUAUAUUGGCUUCGAAAUAAUACUGAAUUAAUUUAUUUUGCACCAGCUCUGUUGGAUAAUAUUAAUUUCAAACUUAUUAUCAACACGAUUGAAAAUCGUCGUGAGAUAAUACAAAAGUCAAUGGAAGUGUCAGAACUGGGACCAAUUGUGCAAAUCUUUUUAAUGGAUGCAAUUUAUGCGCAAUUUUUGGAUGAUUUGACAUCACCACCAAGUCGCAAUCAAUCAUUUUCAUCGUCCAUUUAUACGAUAUCCGGUGUGGAAACUGUAAAUGCGCCAACUCCAAAUGGAGGGCCUUUAGGAUUAGCACCAUCACCUCUCGGAUCAUAUAUCAUUCCACCGUUUAAUUCCCGCUCACCUAUGACAACUAAAAGCAUUAGCAACGAAACAACUGCAUCGGUCGACAGAAACUGGCGCCCAGCUAAACAGCUACCAACAGGAUCCGGUAAUUCUCGUAAUCAGCCAGUCGGUUAUCAGAGCAAUGCUAUGAACUGCGCGAACUAUAAAGCGCAGGAGAAAACUGCAAACAAUACCGGUGACACGGGACGAAGACUUUGGUCUGAAGUUUUAGCUAAUGGACCCAAAUAUAAUUCAAAAAGUGGAAAUGUAUCAGGUGAAAUGUCGUCGUCAUUUCAAAGUAACAUUACACCUUCUGCAACAUUACCACUAAAAAACUCUCACGAUCGUGCGGUAAUUACAGCACGUAAUAAUCCGGCAAAUAUGGGUCCGGAACGUAGUGGACCGGUACAUAGUGGCUCGGUACAUGGCGGUCCGGUACAUAAUGGUCCAAUACGCUUAGUGCAUAGCAGUCUACCAAAUAGUGAUUCGGCACGUGGUCGUCUGGCAUUCUCCUAUUCAACGAUUGUUGCCAAUGGUGGUGGUGGUGGUGUUGAUAAAGACGGAACGGAAACCGCUAUUGCAAGCUCUCCAACGUUUGAAUCAGUUGAAGUUCGAACAAGUAGUAGCCAAGAAUCAACAUCAAGUUCAAAACGACGACGUAAAUUUGAGCAAAUUCCGCUACGAACUGAACCUCCAAAAAGUCGCAAAGAAUUACGCAAAGAACGGCAGGCACGUGAAAGGGCUGAGAAGAAGUGA